AUGGGGACCUCGACCGCUGGAUCGGAGCAGCUCACUUCCUUUCAACCAACUUCCUCCCAACCUGCUUCCCCCCAGCUCACUUCCUUUCAGCCAACUUCCUCCCAACCUGCUUCCCCCCAGCUCACUUCCUUUCAACCAACUUCCUCCCAACCUGCUUCCCCCCAACUCACUUCCUUUCAGCCAACUUCCUCCCAACCUGCUUCCCCCCAGCUCACUUCCUUUCAGCCAACUUCCUCCCAACCUGCUUCCCCCCAGCUCACUUCCUUUCAGCCAACUUCCUCCCAACCUGCUUCCCCCCAGCUCACUUCCUUUCAACCAACUUCCUCCCAACCUGCUUCCCCCCAGCUCACUUCCUUUCAACCAACUUCCUCCCAACCUGCUUCCCCCCAGCUCACUUCCUUUCAACCAACUUCCUCCCAACCUGCUUCCCCCCAGCUCACUUCCUUUCAGCCAACUUCCUCCCAGCCUGCUUCCCCCCAGCUCACUUCCUUUCAACCAACUUCCUCCCAACCUGCUUCCCCCCAGCUCACUUCCUUUCAGCCAACUUCCUCCCAACCUGCUUCCCCCCAGCUCACUUCCUUUCAGCCAACUUCCUCCCAACCUGCUUCCCCCCAGCUCACUUCCUUUCAACCAACUUCCUCCCAACCUGCUUCCCCCCAGCUCACUUCCUUUCAGCCAACUUCCUCCCAACCUGCUUCCCCCCAGCUCACUUCCUUUCAACCAACUUCCUCCCAACCUGCUUCCCCCCAGCUCACUUCCUUUCAGCCAACUUCCUCCCAACCUGCUUCCCCCCAGCUCACUUCCUUUCAGCCAACUUCCUCCCAACCUGCUUCCCCCCAGCUCACUUCCUUUCAACCAACUUCCUCCCAACCUGCUUCCCCCCAGCUCACUUCCUUUCAACCAACUUCCUCCCAACCUGCUUCCCCCCAGCUCACUUCCUUUCAACCAACUUCCUCCCAACCUGCUUCCCCCCAGCUCACUUCCUUUCAACCAACUUCCUCCCAACCUGCUUCCCCCCAGCUCACUUCCUUUCAACCAACUUCCUCCCAACCUGCUUCCCCCCAGCUCACUUCCUUUCAACCAACUUCCUCCCAACCUGCUUCCCCCCAGCUCACUUCCUUUCAACCAACUUCCUCCCAACCUGCUUCCCCCCAGCUCACUUCCUUUCAACCAACUUCCUCCCAACCUGCUUCCCCCCAGCUCACUUCCUUUCAACCAACUUCCUCCCAACCUGCUUCCCCCCAGCUCACUUCCUUUCAACCAACUUCCUCCCAACCUGCUUCCCCCCAGCUCACUUCCUUUCAACCAACUUCCUCCCAACCUGCUUCCCCCCAGCUCACUUCCUUUCAACCAACUUCCUCCCAACCUGCUUCCCCCCAGCUCACUUCCUUUCAACCAACUUCCUCCCAACCUGCUUCCCCCCAGCUCACUUCCUUUCAACCAACUUCCUCCCAACCUGCUUCCCCCCAGCUCACUUCCUUUCAACCAACUUCCUCCCAACCUGCUUCCCCCCAGCUCACUUCCUUUCAACCAACUUCCUCCCAACCUGCUUCCCCCCAGCUCACUUCCUUUCAACCAACUUCCUCCCAACCUGCUUCCCCCCAGCUCACUUCCUUUCAACCAACUUCCUCCCAACCUGCUUCCCCCCAGCUCACUUCCUUUCAACCAACUUCCUCCCAACCUGCUUCCCCCCAGCUCACUUCCUUUCAACCAACUUCCUCCCAACCUGCUUCCCCCCAGCUCACUUCCUUUCAGCCAACUUCCUCCCAACCUGCUUCCCCCCAGCUCACUUCCUUUCAACCAACUUCCUCCCAACCUGCUUCCCCCCAGCUCACUUCCUUUCAACCAACUUCCUCCCAACCUGCUUCCCCCCAGCUCACUUCCUUUCAACCAACUUCCUCCCAACCUGCUUCCCCCCAGCUCACUUCCUUUCAGCCAACUUCCUCCCAACCUGCUUCCCCCCAGCUCACUUCCUUUCAGCCAACUUCCUCCCAACCUGCUUCCCCCCAGCUCACUUCCUUUCAGCCAACUUCCUCCCAACCUGCUUCCCCCCAGCUCACUUCCUUUCAACCAACUUCCUCCCAACCUGCUUCCCCCCAGCUCACUUCCUUUCAACCAACUUCCUCCCAACCUGCUUCCCCCCAGCUCACUUCCUUUCAGCCAACUUCCUCCCAACCUGCUUCCCCCCAGCUCACUUCCUUUCAACCAACUUCCUCCCAACCUGCUUCCCCCCAGCUCACUUCCUUUCAACCAACUUCCUCCCAACCUGCUUCCCCCCAGCUCACUUCCUUUCAACCAACUUCCUCCCAACCUGCUUCCCCCCAGCUCACUUCCUUUCAACCAACUUCCUCCCAACCUGCUUCCCCCCAGCUCACUUCCUUUCAACCAACUUCCUCCCAACCUGCUUCCCCCCAGCUCACUUCCUUUCAACCAACUUCCUCCCAACCUGCUUCCCCCCAGCUCACUUCCUUUCAACCAACUUCCUCCCAACCUGCUUCCCCCCAGCUCACUUCCUUUCAACCAACUUCCUCCCAACCUGCUUCCCCCCAGCUCACUUCCUUUCAACCAACUUCCUCCCAACCUGCUUCCCCCCAGCUCACUUCCUUUCAACCAACUUCCUCCCAACCUGCUUCCCCCCAGCUCACUUCCUUUCAACCAACUUCCUCCCAACCUGCUUCCCCCCAGCUCACUUCCUUUCAACCAACUUCCUCCCAACCUGCUUCCCCCCAGCUCACUUCCUUUCAACCAACUUCCUCCCAACCUGCUUCCCCCCAGCUCACUUCCUUUCAACCAACUUCCUCCCAACCUGCUUCCCCCCAGCUCACUUCCUUUCAACCAACUUCCUCCCAACCUGCUUCCCCCCAGCUCACUUCCUUUCAACCAACUUCCUCCCAACCUGCUUCCCCCCAGCUCACUUCCUUUCAACCAACUUCCUCCCAACCUGCUUCCCCCCAGCUCACUUCCUUUCAACCAACUUCCUCCCAACCUGCUUCCCCCCAGCUCACUUCCUUUCAACCAACUUCCUCCCAACCUGCUUCCCCCCAGCUCACUUCCUUUCAACCAACUUCCUCCCAACCUGCUUCCCCCCAGCUCACUUCCUUUCAACCAACUUCCUCCCAACCUGCUUCCCCCCAGCUCACUUCCUUUCAACCAACUUCCUCCCAACCUGCUUCCCCCCAGCUCACUUCCUUUCAACCAACUUCCUCCCAACCUGCUUCCCCCCAGCUCACUUCCUUUCAACCAACUUCCUCCCAACCUGCUUCCCCCCAGCUCACUUCCUUUCAACCAACUUCCUCCCAACCUGCUUCCCCCCAGCUCACUUCCUUUCAACCAACUUCCUCCCAACCUGCUUCCCCCCAGCUCACUUCCUUUCAACCAACUUCCUCCCAACCUGCUUCCCCCCAGCUCACUUCCUUUCAGCCAACUUCCUCCCAACCUGCUUCCCCCCAGCUCACUUCCUUUCAGCCAACUUCCUCCCAACCUGCUUCCCCCCAGCUCACUUCCUUUCAACCAACUUCCUCCCAACCUGCUUCCCCCCAGCUCACUUCCUUUCAACCAACUUCCUCCCAACCUGCUUCCCCCCAGCUCACUUCCUUUCAGCCAACUUCCUCCCAACCUGCUUCCCCCCAGCUCACUUCCUUUCAGCCAACUUCCUCCCAACCUGCUUCCCCCCAGCUCACUUCCUUUCAGCCAACUUCCUCCCAACCUGCUUCCCCCCAGCUCACUUCCUUUCAACCAACUUCCUCCCAACCUGCUUCCCCCCAGCUCACUUCCUUUCAGCCAACUUCCUCCCAACCUGCUUCCCCCCAGCUCACUUCCUUUCAACCAACUUCCUCCCAACCUGCUUCCCCCCAGCUCACUUCCUUUCAACCAACUUCCUCCCAACCUGCUUCCCCCCAGCUCACUUCCUUUCAACCAACUUCCUCCCAACCUGCUUCCCCCCAGCUCACUUCCUUUCAACCAACUUCCUCCCAACCUGCUUCCCCCCAGCUCACUUCCUUUCAACCAACUUCCUCCCAACCUGCUUCCCCCCAGCUCACUUCCUUUCAACCAACUUCCUCCCAACCUGCUUCCCCCCAGCUCACUUCCUUUCAACCAACUUCCUCCCAACCUGCUUCCCCCCAGCUCACUUCCUUUCAACCAACUUCCUCCCAACCUGCUUCCCCCCAGCUCACUUCCUUUCAACCAACUUCCUCCCAACCUGCUUCCCCCCAGCUCACUUCCUUUCAACCAACUUCCUCCCAACCUGCUUCCCCCCAGCUCACUUCCUUUCAACCAACUUCCUCCCAACCUGCUUCCCCCCAGCUCACUUCCUUUCAACCAACUUCCUCCCAACCUGCUUCCCCCCAGCUCACUUCCUUUCAACCAACUUCCUCCCAACCUGCUUCCCCCCAGCUCACUUCCUUUCAGCCAACUUCCUCCCAACCUGCUUCCCCCCAGCUCACUUCCUUUCAGCCAACUUCCUCCCAACCUGCUUCCCCCCAGCUCACUUCCUUUCAGCCAACUUCCUCCCAACCUGCUUCCCCCCAGCUCACUUCCUUUCAGCCAACUUCCUCCCAACCUGCUUCCCCCCAGCUCACUUCCUUUCAACCAACUUCCUCCCAACCUGCUUCCCCCCAGCUCACUUCCUUUCAGCCAACUUCCUCCCACCCCGCUUCCCUCGGCAAAGCUAUCCGAACCUGGUGCGGCUGCUCUUCAGAAACCGCCCUGCUUCCACCCACCCCGCUUCCCUCGGCUCUGCUUCCUCCCCCCACCACCCCCCUGCAGAUCAACGAGAUGGCGACCAAGAGCCAUCCGAACCUGAUCAACGAGAUGGCGACCAAGAGCCACCCAAACCUGGUGAGGCUGCUGGGGUACUGCUUUGACAUGAGCUACGAGGCGGAGCGCAUGGAGCAGAUCGUGGUCUAUGAGUUCAUGGCCAACGGCGACCUCGACCGCUGGAUCGGACCUGGUGAGCCAAGGCGCUUCGGUGUGGUGAUGCUCGCGGUGAUCACGGCUCGCAAGGCCAUCUACAACAUCGAUUCAAACCAAGUCAACCUCAAGCAGUGGGCAGCAGCCCUGGUGGCACCAGGGGACGUGGCGGCCCUCAAGGACCCGCACCUGCAAGCACCGGACGACCUGGUGCUGCGCAUGACACGCCUGGCGCUCACCUGCACCGCCAUGCCCACGGCGUCUCGCCCGGGCAUGAGCCGUGUGCUGGCAGAGCUGCUGCUGCUCAAGGAGGAGUUCUUCGGGGAGGACGAGGACCGCAUGGCUGUUAGGAUUGACCACGAGAUCGAGAGCUCCGAGCAGGUCGACUUCAGCUUGGAGCUGGCUCGUCUUCAGGGGAUUCAGCAUGGUAGUUAG